UCGCGCAGCCCCCUGCACCGUCCCGGCCAGGGCCGCGCCAUGCCCAGCCCGGCGAGUGACCAGGCCCAGUGCCCGCGCGCAGGCUGCUCUCCCGCCCCCGGGCCCCGCGCCGACCCCGGCAGGUCCCGCGCUCCCCGACACCUCGCGUCCUCCUUCUCCGUCGAGGCCAUCCUGGCGAGGCCAGCGCCCCGCGCGCCCGCCGCCUCCCUGCUGUCCGCCCGCGCCCCUGCCUCCUCGGGCAUCUGGAAGGCUCCCUCCCGGUCUCCCGCCGCGGGUCUGCCCGGCGCGUGCCCCGCUCCCUGGCUGCCCGCCUACCUGAGCCUGGGGCUCUACCAGCCGUCCCCCCAGCCCCCUGCGCUGGGGCUGCGCGCGGCUCACCUCGGCGGUCUCCAGGGCCUCGGCGUCACAGGUUUGGAGCUGAUUCACUGCCCAGGCCUCUGGAGUCCCCCAGACUGGGCCCCAAGUGAGGACCUUCAGGACACUGAGAGACCCCAAAAGAGGAUUCGAACUAUGUUUAACUUGGAGCAGCUGGAAGAGUUGGAGAAGGUGUUUGCAAAACAGCACAAUCUAGUAGGAAAGAACAGAGCCCAGCUGGCAGCCCGGCUCAACCUUACAGAGAACCAGGUGAGGGUCUGGUUCCAGAACCGCAGGGUCAAGUAUCAGAAGCAGCAAAGGCUGAAACCACCAGCUGUGUCUGCCAUGGCUGCCUCCCCAGACGAGCCCUCCAGCAGCUCUGACACCAUCAUCCAGAGAGAAGACACGGAGUCAGGAGGGGACAGCUGAGGAUUGGGGUGAAGGCUCAACCCAGGCUGCCUGGGCUAGCUCUGCCUGGGGACCCCCACUGGACCGACCUGCUCUACAUAUUGACAAAGAGUCUCAUCGGGGUCAACGGGCACCAGAGAAAUCUGAACCGUUGAGAACGUUUCAAUAUUGACUCCUGGGCGCUGCAAUAAUGUAAUGGUCAGCAGCACAGACUUUGACCGUCAGCUAUGUCCUUGGCCACGUUACUGAGCUUCUGGGCCUUUUUUCUUCACCGGUGUCACGGGUGUGUUGAUAGCUUAGAGCUCCCAGGGCUGAGAGGAUGUCUGUAAAGCACUAACAGUGUGCCAGGCCCAGUGCUAAGUGUGUGGCAACUGUCAAGGCUUAUGGACCCCUUCACCUGGGGGAGUGGUGCCUGUGCCAGCCCUGGCUUCCCCAGGGACUAAUCUCUUCCUGGCCUGGUUGUGGAGCAGAGAGGGGCUCCUUGAAUCAAUGUCUGGGCAUAGAAGACUCUUCCCCGACAGAAAUGGUAGAGUUGACAGCAAAAAAAAAGAGGGAAAGGAAGGCUAUUUAGUCCACUUCCCCUCACAAGGUUCCCCAAAGCUUUCUUGUUUUGUCUGAACUGUCAUAACUCUCAGAAGGGGCUCAGGCCCAGGUGCCUCCUUGAAGCAGACAUGCUACCCUGACCACCAUCUUUCUCUCUAGCUUCCCACCUUGACACCCCCCUCCCCCCGCUCAUUUUUAUAUACAGUAAUUUGCCUCUUCCUCUGCCAAGGUGGCAUUUUACCAUAAACUCUGCUGUGUUUUUCAUAAAACAGUGAUUAUUUAUCCCUCUUCACUACCCUGACUCAUAGUUCCCUUUCCUUCCCCGGAAUCUGCUUGGUUUGUCUCUAAGAAGCCUAACUGACAGCCUACCUCAGAGAAGACAGUCACAGGCAUUUCCAGAGUAGAUUUCUCUCAGGCUCCACGUUCCUGGGUGGGGCGCUGUUGAGGGUACUUCUUUAGAAUGUAGCGGUGAGCUGGUGGAAGGAGGCCUGCCCUGCCACCCGGUGGUGAAAGAGGGCACGGUCCCCGCUGCUCUAGUUUUCUGAGAGAGGAAAGGCAGGCAGGAGAGUCAGCCUUGGAAAACCACCUGCUUCCCAAAGCAGUGGACCAUCCUCUCCUGGACACCAGGCUGUAGGCGCGAGGGAGGCCAGGGUCCAGCUCCAAGAACCCUUCUCUGUACCCAUCUUCAGGGAAAUCCUCCCUAAUGCUGGACUCAAAGGCAACUCCAUUAAUCAAAGAACCCAGCUGAAU